AUGGAUGUCAAGUCUGUCCUAGAGAACACCUUCUCUCCAGAUGCAAGUAUUCGCGGCAAUGCCGAAGAGCAACUGAGACACGCCCGUGAGGGCAAUUUCUCUGAAUACCUCUCUAUUCUCUCCCGAGAACUUGCCAAUGACCAGGCCAGUGCCGCCGUUCGACAAGCUGCUGGUCUCGCCCUCAAAAAUUCCUUCACCUACCGUGACAUCACCCGAUUACGAGAGGUCCAGGCUAGAUGGCUACAAGGGGUCGAUCCUUCGAUCAAGAGACAGGUCAAGGAACUUGCAGUCAAGACCCUCAACUCUACUCCUCAAGCCGCCAACUCGGGUGCACAAUUGAUCGCUACUAUCGCUGCCAUUGAACUACCCCGUAACGAGUGGCCUGAACUACUCCCCGCCCUUGUGCACAAUGUCGGCUCGGGUGAAGAUAAGCUCAAACAAUCAAGUCUGACAACUAUUGGCUUCAUCUGCGAGUCUGAUGAUGUCGAGCUUCGCGAGUCACUAAUCGGGUACUCCAAUGCCAUUCUAACCGCGGUUGUCCAGGGCGCAAGAAGAGAGGAGACCAACCAGGAUGUCCGACUUUCUGCUCUGUCCGCCUUGUCCGAUGCCACUGAAUUCAUCCGCAGUAACUUUGAGAAUGAGGGUGAGAGAAACUACAUCAUGCAAGUUGUUUGCGAGGCCACACAAUCAGACGAUACCAGAGUCCAGGCUGCAGCCUUCGGGUGUUUGAAUCGCAUCAUGGGUAUCUACUAUGAUAAGAUGAGGUUCUACAUGGAAAAGGCACUGUUUGGCUUGACCAUUGCAGGCAUGAAGAGUGAUGAGGAGGAUGUUGCCAAGCUGGCGAUUGAAUUUUGGUGCACCGUUUGUGAAGAGGAGAUUAGCAUCGAGGAUGACAACCAACAAGCACAACAAGAAGGCUCGACAGAACUGCGGCCUUACUUCCACUUCGCCCGCGUUGCUGCGCGAGAGGUUGUCCCCGUUCUCCUACAAUUGAUGACCAAGGUGUCAGAAGAUGAUGCUGAGGACGAGUACAACACUGCUCGUGCAGCAUAUCAGUGUCUUCAGCUCUAUGCCCAGACCAUCGGUAAUGACAUGGUCCCUGCAGUUCUCCAAUUUGUUGAAGCCAAUUUGCGAAGCGAAGACUGGACCAAGCGAGAUGCAGCCGUCUCAUCGUUUGGCGCAAUUAUGGACGGUCCUGAUAUCAAAACCUUGGAUCCACUGGUCAAGCAAGCGCUUCCAGUUUUGAUUGGGAUGAUGCAAGAUCCGGUCGCUCAAGUCCAGGACUCGGCCGCUUUUGCCCUCAGCAGAAUCUGUGACUAUUGCUCAGAAUGCAUCGAUCCCUCGACUCAUCUUCAGCCUCUCAUGUCAGCCCUAUUCAAUGGUUUGAUGAGCAACCCCAAGAUCGCUUCGUCCUGCUGCUUGGCACUUCUGAACCUAACCGAACGUUUUGUUGGGGAAGAGGGCGGUUCGACCAACCAGUUGACUCCCCAUUUCCAAGACAGCAUUACUUCGCUUCUUGCAGUCACUGAGAAGGAAGGUGCCAAUAACCAGCUCAGAACUGCUGCAUAUGAAGUGCUAGGCGGCUUUGUUACAAAUGCUGCACAUGACAGCCUGCAGAUAGUUGCUGAGUUGUCAAAUGUCAUUAUUCAGCGUCUGGAAAAUACGAUUCCUAUGCAAAAGCAGGUCGUCAGCAUCGAUGAUAAGAUCACCCUGGAAGAGUUGCAAGUCAGCCUUAGCAGCGUUCUACUAGCGAUUGUCCAGAGACUUGAACAGAACAUUGCCCCCCAAGCAGACCGAGUCAUGCAGGUCAGCUUGGAAAUUCUCAAUGUCACCGGAAACACCAGCGUGCCAGAGGUCAUCUUCCAAAUUGUCAGUGGCUUGGCAAAUGCUUUGGCCGGAGAUUUCCUGAAGUACAUGGAGUCUUUUGUCCCAUACCUGUACAACGCUUUGGGCAAUCAAGAUAUUCCCGACAUGUGCUCCCUAGCGAUCGGCCUUGUAAGCGACAUUGUCCGUGCACUUGAGGAUAAAUCUCAGCCUUACUGUGAUGCAUUUAUGAAUUAUCUGCUCAACAAUCUGCGAUCUGACAAGCUCACCAAUCAACUGAAGCCUCCGAUUCUGGAGACAUUCGGGGAUGUCGCUACGAGCAUUGGUGUUCAUUUUGAGAAAUAUGCCGAGGUGGUGGCCCAAGUCUUGAGACAGGCAAGCACCGUCUCGGUAGCGAAUGACGUCUCCUUCGAUAUGCUUGACUAUAUUGUCUCCCUUCGCUCUGGAAUUGCAGAUGCGUGGUCCGGUAUGAUUUUAGCUUUUAAGGGAACUCCCAAAGUCUCUAUCCUACAAGCUUCUAUUCAACCGAUCUUGGAAUUCUUGGAAACGGUCUCUCGGGAUUUGAAUCAUAAUGAAGGGCUCCUUCGAGCUUGCAUGGGUAUCAUUGCCGAUCUUAGUGAAGCCUUCCCCAACGGAGCACUCGCAAGCUACUAUCAGCAAGAGUGGAUCACCAAACUGAUCAAAGAAACUCGGACAACCCGCGAUUUCUCCCCUCGUACCAUUACCGCAGCACGUUGGGCUAGGGAGCAAGUCAAACGACAAACUCAACAUCAAGGUACAGUGAUGAAUGCAUCAUGA